AUGACUUUAUUAAGAAAUUUAAUACCAGGCCUAUCCAGAGAAUUUGACCCUGAUGAUUUAAGUUUAGACAAACAUCAACAAAACAAUAAUGCGUGGGAUAUUUUAGAGGCUUCUAAAGAAAUAGUUAAACAAACACCUGAAUCAA